AUGCAGCAGUCACAUCGCCUUCCAUUAACCACAGAUCAGAUUGACGCCGCUUUCCAGACAUGUCUCAAGGUUCAAGAUGAGGCAACAACUCACCACAACAAACGUCCCUUCGCCGCCGUGCUGCUUGGACCAGACAACACUUCAAUACUGCUCUCGCAUUUCUCAAUAUCGCAUUAUCAGCACGCCGAAAGUGAACUCGCGCGUCUCGCAGCCAUCCACUAUGCAGAGGAGUUCUUGGGAAAGUGCACGCUUGUCUCGACUUGGGAACCCUGCGCAAUGUGCACGGGCACUACCUACUGGGUUGGGGUCGGUCGUAUCUUGUAUGCGGCCAGUGAGGGGAGUCUAGGCCGGCUGACGGGCGACGACAAUGGGGAGAAUAUGACUAUGGCAUUGCCUUGUCGGACGGUGGUGGAUGCUGGGCAGAAGGACAUCGAGGUCAUUGGACCAGUAGCGAAGUGGGAAGAGGAGGUGCUGCGGCACAGCGAUGCGUGGUGGAAAGCUCACACGACGUCCUGA